AUGUUGCAACAGGGACACAUCAAAGAGUUGCUGAGCAACAAGGGGAGAAAUAACUUAGCUAGAGGAUGUGAACGUCAAGGCCCGCCGAAGCCACCAUCACCAGCUCACACUAUCAACAUAAUCAUCAGUGGCAACGAUAAUGCCUCCAUCAACGAAGUUAAAUUCACUGUCACUCACAAGCUCAAAAGAUCUACCACCCACGAACGGUAUAACAUACUUGAAGAAAGUAUCAUCUUUGACGAAUCAGAUGCCGACGGUUUGACUCCUCACAAAGAUGCUCUCGUCAGUUCUUUGCAUAUUUUAUAUAGUAAUGUCAAACGUAUCAUGGUGGACGAUGGGAGUAGAGCGUGCAUUAUCCAUCCCCUAGUCCUCACCCAGAUGAGACUCGAGGACAAGAUAGUGCCACGCUACAUCAUACUAACUGAUUUUAAUAAUGUAGUUGAACGGACAUUGGGAGAAAUUACACUCCCCGUCUUGGCCGGCAGCAUAACGCUGGAGAUGACAUUCCACAUCAUGGACCAGGCCACCGCAUAUAAUUCCAUAGUAGGAUGA